CUGGAAUCUAAAAUUGGACAACGAAGACCAGAUAUACUCGUAUCAUUCAUCCGCAUGGGACCCUAAAAAAUUUAAAUACUGUUUACGUUGAAAUUUAGAAUUUGCUGGAAAAAGUAAGAUAAUGGAACACAAAAUAGAAAUUGCAGAAGGAGAUACGCUUUCCCCUUUCCUAGUUAAUUAAUCCGCACAGAACCAGUAAGAAGAAGUCCUCCUCUUCCUUCCUCUCUCAUAAUGGCGUCUCUCUUCAGAGAUCGGACGAUUGGGCACUCCAGGAGAGAUUCAUUCUCUUCCACUGCCUCAGCUGCCGCUGCAGCUAUUAUAUCCUCCGCCAGCUCCCGCUUCUCCGGCAUCGCCACUACCGCCACCUCCGCACUGUCCCCGCUCCCCUCCCCGUUCGACAACCUAACUCCCACACUCACCGCCGCCGACCUCCGCGAAACCGCCUACGAGAUCUUCGUUGCGGCAUGUCGUACCUCAACUGGAAAGGCUCUCACCUACAUUACCGCGCCUGUGGACGGAUCUCAGUCUCCGUCCCAGUCGUUGAACUCUAAUAAUUCCUCUUCAUCGGCGUCGUUGCAGAGAUCCCUCACUUCCACUGCUGCUUCUAAAAUGAAGAAAGCUUUGGGACUCCGAUCCACCUCCAAUUCAACCUCCAGGCGGGCGGAUGGUAGCCCGGGCUCGGGCGGUAAGCCAAAGAAGCCUAUGACUGUAGGUGAGCUAAUGAGGGUUCAGAUGAGGGUUUCAGAGACUGUUGAUUCGAGGAUUAGGAGAGGUCUGUUGAGAAUUUCUGCUAGUCAGGUUGGAAGAAGAAUUGAGUCAACAGUUCUCCCACUCGAGUUGUUGCAACAGUUCAAGUCUUCAGAUUUCACUGAUCAAGCAGAAUAUGAAACAUGGCAAAGGAGAAACUUAAAGAUUCUAGAGGCUGGACUUCUUUUACAUCCCUUAGUGCCACUUGAUAAGUCAAAUGCUUCUUCCACGCUAAGACAGAUUAUUCAAGCCGCAUUAGGGAGGCCAAUGGAGACAGGGAGAAACAAUGAGUCUAUGCAAGUCCUUCGAAAGUCUGUGAUGGCUCUUGCUACCAGAUCAUCUGGUGGAUCAACCUUGGAUUCAAGCCAUUGGGCAGAUGGUUUUCCAUUAAAUCUUCGGCUCUAUGAGAUUCUCCUAGAAGCCAUAUUUGACGUCAGUGAUGAAACAUCUAUCAUAGAGGAAGUUGAUGAACUUAUGGAACUUAUAAAAAAGACAUGGGGGAUCCUUGGGCUAAACCAAACACUUCAUAAUGUUUGCUUUACAUGGGUCUUAUUCAACCGCUUUGUAGCCACUGGACAAGGCGUAAAUGAACUACUAGACGCUGCCAAUGGGCAGUUAGCUGAAGUUGCAAAAGAUGCGAAGCAAACUAAGGACCCUGAGUAUUCCAAGAUCUUGAGCUCUACACUAACUGCAAUUUUGGGUUGGGCUGAGAAAAGACUCCUUGCAUAUCAUGAAACAUUUGAUGCCGGAAAUAUUGAAUCAAUGCAAGUCAUUGUUUCUAUUGGCGUAUCAGCAGCUAAAAUUUUAGUUGAGGAUAUAUCUAAUGAGUAUCGACGGAGACGAAAGGGUGAAGUUGAUGUAGCUCGGAGCCGAAUUGACACUUAUAUUAGAUCGUCUCUUCGCACUGCUUUUGCUCAGAGGAUGGAGAAGGCAGAUUCCAACAGAAGAGCAUCAAGAAACCAGUUAAAUCCUCUACCUGUCCUUGUUAUUCUUGCUAAGGAUGUCGGUGAGCUGGCUACCAAAGAGAAGGAGGUUUUUAGUCCCAUCCUGAAGAGAUGGCAUCCAUUUGCUGCAGGUUUGGCUGUUGCUACCCUUCACGUAUGCUACGGGAAUGAGUUGAAACAAUUUGUUUCGGGCAUAACAGAGUUGACCGCAGAUGCUGUACAAGUUUUGAGAGCUGCAGAUAAGUUGGAAAAAGAUCUUGUUCAAAUUGCUGUUGAAGAUUCGGUGGACAGUGAUGAUGGUGGGAAAGCCAUCAUACGUGAGAUGCCACCUUUUGAAGCUGAAGGUACAAUAGCCAACAUGGUGAGGGAUUGGAUUAAGUUGAGAACAGACAGACUCAAGGAAUGGGUUGAUAGAUGUCUCCAACAAGAGGGUUGGAGCCCUCCAGCUAAUGAAGAAGGAUAUGCUCUUUCUGUUAUCGAACUCCUGCGCAUUAUGGACGAAACAUUGGAUGCAUUCUUUCAACUGCCAAUACCUAUGCAUCCAUCACUUCUCCCUGACUUGAUGGCUGGAAUUGAUAGGUGUCUUGAGUACUAUGUUACCAAGACAAAAUCUGGAUGCGGAUCAAGAAGCACAUACAUCCCAACCAUGCCGGCAUUAACAAGGUGUACCACAGGGACAAAGUUAAGCGUGUGGAAGAAGAGAGACAAGCCGAUAAUCACACAGAGGAGGAAUUCACAGGUUGCAACAAUGAACGGAGACAGUAGUUCAUUUGGGAUGCCUCAGUUAUUAGUACGCAUAAACACUUUACAGAAAAUCCGGACGGAGUUGGAAGUUCUUGAAAAGAGGAUCAUCACACUCUUAAGAAAUUCAGAAUCUGCUCAUGUGGAUGACAUCUCAAACAGUUCGGGCAAAAAGUUCGAAAUAACACCUGCCGCUUGUAUCGAGACGAUACAACAAAUCAGCGAGGCAUUGGCGUACAAGGUUGUCUUUAAUGAUCUAGGUCAUGUUUUAUGGGAUGGUUUAUAUGUAGGAGAUCCCUCUUCCUCACGUAUUGAACCUUUCCUCCAAGAGGUUGAACGAAUCCUUACAAUCAUAUCAAACACUGUUAAUGGAAGAGUAUGUAACUGGAUUGUUGCUGACAUAAUGAAAGCUUCCUUUGAUGCUUUUUUGUUUGUCUUGCUUGCUGGAGGACCUUCCCGUGCAUUCACUAGACAUGACUCAAAAAUACUAGAGGAAGAUUUUGAUUCUCUCAAGGAUCUAUUUUGGGCAAACGGAGAUGGAUUGCCGAUUGAUGUUAUAAACAAGUACUCAACGACGGUAAGGGAUGUUCUUUCACUGUACAAGACAGAUACAGAAAGCCUUGUAGAGAGUUUUCGUAGACUUACUCUAGAGGCAUAUGGGUCCUCUGCUAAGUCGAGGCUUCCGUUGCCCCCAACAUCAGGACAGUGGAAGCCCACUGAACCAAACACACUUUUGCGUGUCAUAUGUCACAGGAAUGAUGAAACUGCUACAAAAUUCCUGAAGAAGACUUACAAUUUGCCCAAAAAGCUCUGAUGAGUCGGUAUAGCAAAGGUAUGUGAUAUUCUGAUAGUCUCCAAAGCACAGAUCGUGGGUCAAGUAUUAACCGCGGUGCUCCUGUUGCUUAGUUAAGUGGCAGUGCUCUCCUGUAUAGUUAUUCAUUCCGGCUUAGGCUGUGUUUGGACACAAGUUCUUUGGGGGGUGUUUGGAGAGAGAACGACUUUAGAAGGCUUAGUUUAUAACACUACAAUCGACUUUUGUUUGUUUUUAGAAUCAUUCUAUAUAUCAAGACGAGACAGACUAAACCCUCCAAAAUCCUCCCCUCCAAACAGACCAUUAAUAAUCUCGAAAAAAUGUGGUCCAUGAUGUGCCUUAAUUAAUGUUUCUGCAAAAACGUAUUAGGUGAAGUCUAGUUCCCCAUGCUUGAUAUGCUUAUAGGUUAUAUCAGUUUUGCCUAUAUUAUGACCUACCUGUUGUUGGCUGCAACAGCGUUCAUGUGUAAGCUUUUCUUUCAGCCCUAUAUUCAUUUGUUAUUAUUCUUUUUUUCCUUUUUUCAUGAAAGAUCAAUGUAUAUGUAAGGAUUUGGUUUGUCUAUUGAUAAAAGAUUGAUUCAUACUUUACGAUAUAAAUAUAUAU